AUGUCCCUCAACGCAACAUCCUAUCCCAUCAGCAUCGACGAGAUGCAUGUACCCACUGCGGCGGCUUUAGCCAAACGGCGUGCCGCCCGUCGCGAAAUAGCCAGAAAGGCCGAAAUUAGGCAUCGUCUCGGUCUCGCCGGCAAGGUCGUUUCUUACACCGAUAUGAGUCCUGAUGAGGACUUCACCAUGGACAUGCUCUUUCAGUUUGACUACGCGGCCGACUCUGAGUCUCCUGUGUCCAGGUCUAAAGGUGGGAAGAGUCGGAAGAAGAACAGGAAGAACAGGAACAAGAACAAGAACAAGAAGAAAGCUGCGGAGGUAACCCAUGUUGAAGAUGAAGAACGGGAUGGAUUUGUUAUUGUCAACAGCUCUGGUUACGCUGGAACUGAGAACCCCGGCCAUACUCCUGCUGGCAGGAAUACUGUGACCAGGGCUUGUGUUCCUGACAAUCAGUUCUCAGCCGUUAAACACAUACGACUGCAUUCGGACCGCGCCAAUAGAAGUCCAUGGGAUGCAUUAAGGGUGGUACGGGGGGUGCUUGGGUUCGGCUGGGACUAG